AUGAAACGACAGCAAGAGGAGCCAGCGUCCCAGAAAGAGGAGUCAGUGCCUCAGCGAAAGGCAGUCAAGUACAACCAGGAGUUGACGUUGCUUACUCUCCCCACAGACAUACUAGAUCUCAUUUUUCAGGAUUUGUCAAGGCAGGACGCGAUAAACCUAUCGACCCUAGAUCACGAGCACAGAAACGUGCUAAAAGCUAUUGUUUUUUCGCGGAUCCGUGCCAGCUGGAACGAUAUGAGGAGCGAAAUAGACGGGAGGACGGGUUUCCUCAAACAACAUAGACACUUGGUGACCCAGCUUCGGAUAGUCGACUGCGAUUCGUAUGGAGAGUGGAACAUGGACAUCUUUAGCGAUUUGUUGAUAGACUUGCCUAGAUUGAGACAUUUGCUUAUCAACAGCAAGUUCUCCUCCAACUGGCUCAAGUACCGCCAAGACGACAACUUGCAGCAGCUUACGUUGUACUUUGAACCACAAGAUACGCGACAAGUACCAGGAGAGAUCGUUUCCAGCAGCAGUACCACCACCACCACCACGAUCAACCGCAUAUUCAGUUUGGAGCACAUUGCCAAUUUCAAGAUGUUGACAAAGUUGCGGCUAUGGCACUACCACCUCUACUGGGAGGAUAUGUACCCUGUAUUGAUCGUGGAGGAUGUCGAGCUCCACAACUGCACGUGGGAGUUUCCGUUCACGCUAUCGCAAUUCAAUUACAACUCCAACAUCAGGCGACUUGUGGUGUCGUAUGCUGAAGGCAACGCGUUUGCGGUGUCUGAACGGUACAGAGAGUUUUUGCAAUAUGGAAACGGAGAAGACUUUUCAAGUUUGGAGGAGCUUACGGUCACUGUGGCGAGAGGGAGUCUCAACAGCAGCGUGAUGUCACGGUUCAUGAACACUGGCAACUUUCCGAGACUAAGAGCAUUGCGGGUUCUUGCAAGGGAAGGCGCAUACAACCUAUCGCAUUGGUUUGGAAAGUUGCCGACAAACAGUACGUUGCGGGUACUAGACAUGCAGGUGGAUUACGAAGCUCGUGACCGGGAGAGAGCAUUGAAGGAGGCCAAUAAAUACUUUCCAUUCCUUGAUGUGAAGAUACAUAGACCAUAA